AUGGUCAUAAAAUCUGAAAAGCUAAUUAUGAAUGUUCCUCUUGAACACCAAAAUGAAGAUAUUUGUGAGUCUGGAGAUGAACAAAAGUUAAUAAAAAGGAAAAGAGAUAGAUUCAAACAACUCAUAGGUAAAUCUAAUGACAGAUUUGCGCUCAAGAUACAAAGAUUUAAACAAAAGUUCCACGAAAAUUCAGGCCAUAACAAAAAGGUGGAUGCGGCUUCACAAGUAGUAGUAAACUAUGGAACUAGUCCCAAUUCUCUGAGUAACCAAAAUCAGCUCAAACUUAGUGUUACUGAAGGGAAAUUUAGAUCGCAUAUUUUGCACAGAUGGUUUAAUUCGAAGAGCUGUCCAAAGAGUGAAAUUGAUGAAAUUGUGUCGAAUAAAAAUAAACCGCGUGUAUCCAAGGCAAGCGUUUUCAGCGCUACAUUAUAUGAUGGAACCUUAAUCAUCGAGAGUCAAAAUAGCAGCAAGAAUUUUAAAGAAGUUAACCCAAUACCAUGGGAAUCGGUUCAACGUAAACAAAAAGUGAGUGCUACACAAUCUUCGUCAGAUUUGAAUAAAAAUGCUUUUGUGAAUCUCCAAUAUGAUAAGCAUCCAGCAGAGAAAUCACGUUUGACAAUGGAAGGUUCCUUGCUUACUAUCGAUAAUACCCGAGAGUGCUCCAGUUCUUAUACUGUUACACUGUCAUCGACGUUCCUAAAUCGCCUCAAACAAGAUUGUAGUAAAAUAUCUAGUAGGCGUGAACUACUUUUAGGAUCUGAAGAUGAGGAAUUGAGCGUCGAUUGUUCUUGCGUUGAUCGGAGUUUGUUAACUGAUUCCUUCUGUCAGACCAAAGAAAACUCGAUUCAAAUGGAAACAUCAGAUAAUCACCAAUGCUCUCAUUUACUAAAAAAUAAUGAACUUGCAGAAUGUUCAAAGUCAACGUCGGAGGAGCUUUUGUCAACUAGAAACGAAAACACGAGAACAGUAACGCGCAGAAUAGCAAUGACUCGUAUUUGCGAUCUAUAA